AUGACAAAAAAAACACUCGUUCUUAUUGCUAAUGGAAGUGAAGAAAUUGAAGCAGUAACAACAAUUAAUGUACUUCGAAGAGCUGAAAUCGAAGUUGAUGUUGUAUCAAUUGAAAAAAAUGGUCAUGAUGCUGUAAAAUGUAGUCGUCAUGUUCGUGUUGUACCUGAUAAAUCAUUGGAUGAUAUAAAAAAUAAUCAAUACGAUUGUAUUGUUAUUCCUGGUGGCAAUGAUGGCUCAAAAGCAAUAGCUGCUAAUGUUGAAGUUGGACAAAUUUUAACAAAACAUUAUCAAGAUGGAAAAAUUAUUGCUGCUAUUUGUGCUGGACCACGAGCAUUAUUAUCUCAUAAAAUUGGUUUUGAUCAUAAACAUACAAUAACAUGUUACCCAACUGUACGCAAAGAAUUUACUGAUGGUGAACCAUAUAAACUUGAUGUACCUGAUCAUCCUGUUUGUUAUAGUAAACAUAUAGAAGAAGGUAUCGAAAAAAAAGAAUAUCAUCUAGUUACAAGUCAAGGACCUGGUACAACAAUGGUUUUUGCAUUGAAAUUAAUUGAACUUCUUAAAAGCAAAGAUGAAGCAAUAAAAGUUAAAGAUGGAUUACUUGUUUAA